AUGAGCUUCAGCACUGUCAACUUUGGACUAUGCAACACAGAAAAACCUGGAGAUACUCCUAAGUUAUCAUCCCCUAUAUUACCAACAAUUUUGUCCAGUGCAGACAGCCAACAGCAGGCAACUAAAGCUGUGGCCGAAAAUGGUGUGGGCCCAGAUGAAGUGACAGAAAAAAAUCCCCCUGAAAUAAACAUUUCUCUAACUGGAAAGGAAAACAUGGAAGAAAAUCCUGACAUGAAAGGUAAGAAUGAUGGAGAAGCCAAUCAUAACAUGGAAGGAAAAAACAACACAGAAGCCAAGCAUGACAUGGAAGGAAAAAACAAUACUGAAGCCAAGCAUGACAUGGAAGGAAAAAACAGCACUGAAGUCAAUCAUAACAUGGACGAAAAAUGCGACAAUGAAGCCAAGCAUGACAUGGAAGGAAAAAACAGCAUUGAAGCCAAUCAUGACAUGGACGAAAAACAUGACAAUGAAGCCAAGCAUGACAUGGACGAAAAACAUGACAAUGAAGCCAAGCAUGACAUGGAAGGAAAAAACAGCACUGAAGCUAAUCAUAACAUGAACGAAAAACACGACACUGAAGCCAAGCAUGAUAUGGAAGGAAAAAACAGCACUGAAGCCAAGCAUGACAUGGAAGGAAAAAACAGCACUGAAGUCAAGCAUGAUAUGGAAGAAAAACACAAUACUGAUGCCAAGCAUGACAUGGAAAGUAAACAUGACAAUGAAGCCAAGCAUAACAUCGAAGAAAAACACAACACUGAAACCAAGCAUGAUGGGACCUUAACAUCUGAGCAAACAAAUCUUAAGAAUCAACAGAAAGUGUCCCACGAAGCAAAGAAUGAUUCAAAAGCUCUCAUACGUCAAAUAUUUAGAGAUAUAUUUGGGUAA